GAGGCGUGUCCGUGUCGGUGUCGGUGUCCGGGGCGGGCCGGUGCCGCCGUGCCCGGGUGCCCGGCUGCUGCGGCGGCCAUGGCGCGGGUGCUGGUGGUGGGCGCGGGGCUGACGGGCGCGGCGGGCGCGGCGCUGCUGCGCGGGGCCCCGCGGGGACAGGUGGCCGUCUGGGACAAGGCGCGGGGCGCAGGGGGCCGCAUGAGCACGACGCGCACCGACCGCGGCAGCGCCGACCUGGGCGCGCAGUUCGUCACCUGCGAGCCGGAGCUGGCGGGGCCGCGGCUCAGCGGGUGUGGAGGUCGUGCUGCUGUUCAGAGCUUUGGGGAAAUGCUGUGUAUUCCUCUGCCUCCGGGUCAAGCUGCUGACAGUUCCAUCGCAGGUAGCCUUGCUCUCAGCUUCUACGAGGAGCUUGUCACUCACGGCAUCCUGCAGCCACUGACCGCUCCCGUGGAAGGAAUGGUGGUGAGAGAAGGCUCCCGCAAUUACGUGGCACCCCAGGGCAUCUCCUCGGUUGUCAAGUACUAUUUGGAGCAGUCAGGUGCAGAGGUGUCCUAUGAGCAGCACGUAACUCACAUCUCUCUGCGGGAUGGCAGGUGGGAAGUCUCCAGGAAAGCCGGGCCCCCGGAGCACUUUGAUGUGGUAAUUCUCACCAUGCCUGUCCCACAGAUUCUCCAGCUGCAAGGUGACAUUGUGAACAUAAUUAAUGAAAGUCAAAAGCAGCAACUGGAAUCUGUGAGCUACUCAUCCCGCUACGCCCUGGGACUGUUUUAUGAGGCUGGGACAGGGAUUGGUGUCCCCUGGGCUGCUCAGUACAUCACUGAUAAUCCCUGCGUACGCUUCAUCUCCAUCGAUAACGAGAAGCGCAAUAUAGAGUCUCCUGACAUUGGGCCCUCGGUCGUGGUGCACACCACUGUGACCUUUGGAAGCCAGCACCUGGACUCAGACCCUGCAGAGGUGCAGCAGAUCAUUCUCAGCCACCUGCAGAAGAUUGUGCCCUCCCUGCCUAAACCAAGCAGCAUCAAGUGCCACAGAUGGAGAUACUCCCAGGAUCCAUGAGUACCUUAUAUGGCCAAUAAACAGAGACUCUUCCUGACCAUAAACACCAUCUAUAAUUUUUGCUUGUUGUAGCUGUGUCCAGAUGCUGGCAUCUGUCACACAUCUCUUGUGCCCCUGGAAAUCAGGCACUCUCCUCUUCCCAGCCUCUCUGAGAACCUCAGCACCCUGACUCACCCUGAAGGGGAAAAAAAGGAAUGGGAAGAACACAAAGCAACUGCUCGUAGCAUUUUAUUUCUCCUGGAUCUAGUGAAAGGGAAAGAGAACUUUGAGACUGAAGACAAUAGAGAUCUAAUAGUGGUGCUGAAGUGUUAUUUCUCCUUGGAUUUUUCUGUUCCUCCUUUUCAGCAAGCAGGGGUCUGUGGUUUUGGUUCAAACCACUGUUGGGAGGAGCUCCGAAAGCCAACAACUGAAGGUAGAAAUAAAAACCAGAGGUGAAGGUUUCUUUGGAAACCAAAGAAAUCUCUCUAGAUUUCAGAUCUCAAAAAUUUGCCAGAGCUCAAAGCACAAGAGGCAGGUUGUUUUCUGCAAGGCUGUGUCACAAAUAGCCCAAACACACACCUUCCUGAAAGUAAAGAUCAGUAAAAUAUCAUCUUGUCCUAAACCCCUGCUGUGAACUGGAACCCCUUCCAAUAAACUGUCCAACCUGGCCUUGGACUCUGCCAGGGAUCCAGGGACAGCCACAGCUUCUCUGGGCACCCUGUGCCAGGGCCUCAGCACCCCCACAGGGAAGGAUUUUUUUUCCAAUUUCAACUCUAAGCCUCCUCUCUUUCAGUGUAAAGCUGCUCCCACUUGUCCUAUUACUACACAUUCUUGGAAAUAGUUGUGUGGUCUCUGCUCCAGACACCCCAAACCAGGAGCUGCUGAUCCUUCAGGUGUGACUUGGAUUGGCACAAACCCCUGGUGCAGGCAGGCUGCUCUGCCAUCAGCUCCAAGAAAAUUCCCAAGCAUCACCACUCUGCUGCUAGGGAAUUUAGGAUCAAGGAGUCCAAAUCUAGAAAGAAAAUGAAGGUUGGAGCUCAGAUCCUUCACUGAGUUAGAGCUGAUAUCACCAUAAUUGUGGUUUUCCAUGCAGGGGGCUGCAAGGGAAGGAAGAAGUGAGAGACAUGAAGGGGGACAGGCACCACUGAUGCCUUGUGCAGGCUGACCUAGAACAGAGGCCAGACAGAGCUAAAGAAUAAACCAGGGAUUUAUUAAAAGGCCUCCAUGGAUCCACCUUGGGCAGCACAAGAGCCCAGCCAGGGCUGCACCCAAGGUGAACCAAAAUGGUCCCAAAAUGCACAACUGGUCACGGGGUCUCUCACUGUGAUCAGUUCUGCUCCAUUUGUAUAUUGGAGUUCAUUGUCCACUUACAGCUUUAGUUUAUGAAAUCCCAUCCUGCUUGUUUUUCCAUCCUCAGUCCACGUUGUUUGUGCUCUUGGGCCUGAAAUUUGGAUCAUUUGUCCCCAGCUAAAGAAGGAAUUAUUUUGUCUCCCUGCUCUGUGCAGAGAGCUCACCCUCCCUUAAUGUGAAGCUCAGACCCACACACUAAAGCAGCACAGAAUCUGAAAAAUACAAAAGCUAAACCCUGAGGCAUUGCAUUUGCAGGGUGCCCCAACAAAGGAGGGAAUGAUGAAUUUGACUCCAUGUUCUCAGAAGGCCAAUUUAUUAUUUUAUGAUACUAUAUUAUAUUAAAGUAUACUAAAGAAUACAGAAAGGAAACUUACAGAAGGCUAAAGAGAUAAAGAGAUAAUAAUGAAACUUGUGACUCUCUCCAGAGGCUGACACAGCUUGACCCUGAUUGGCCAAUAAGUCAAAAUAACUCACAGCAGAAUCCAAUGCAACAAUCACCUGUGGGUAAACAAUCUCCAAACACAUUCCACAUGAGCACAACACAGGAGAAGCAAAUGAGAUACAAAUUGUUUUCCUUUUUUUCUGAGGCUUCUCAUCUUCCCAGGAGAAAAAUCCUGGGCAAAGGAAUUUUUCCAGAGAAUGUGAAUGCCUCAUUGAGGCAUCACCACCACGGUUUGUAAUGAGGGUGGGGGUUCUGCUGGGCACUCCCCAUCAGCAGCACCAUCCCCAGCAAAGCCCCCAGCUCUGUGCCAGCAGGAAAACAGGCACCAGCACACUCCCCCACCCCAUGGACCUGAAUCAUCCUUCCCUGAGCAUUCCAAGGGGAGAUGCUGUGGUGCCAGCCCUUGGAUCUGGGGAAUCCAGGUGGCACAGCCAGAUCCAGGGGCGUGGUGCCAGCUGCAGGCUGUGCACAGGGCUGGCAGCACCACCUCAGAUAUGGAGUGCUCCAGGAAAGCUCCUGAGCGUCAGCCAAGCAGGAUGGGCUCCAAGCUCCUCAUCCAUAAUCCUCCAACGCUGGGAAAGGUAGCUCACCUUCCCUGAGCCAAAAUUGGAAAGGAUUAGCACAUUUUUCAUCCCCCAGAGGGAACAGGAGACUGUUUUACCUCUGGAAAAUGGGUUGUAGUCACUGACUGCUUCCUAGGGGAUCACAUUGCCCAGAAUUCCUUGCAAGUGGUUUUUGGGAGGGAUCCCCAUCCGAGCACUCCAUGAAUAAUUCCCCAAAUGCAGAGAGCCAGCACAGCAAUCCUUCUCCCUGCACUUUCAGGAGGUGACUUUUUGCCAGGAAACACAGUGCUGGGGAAGCUGAUAACUUGUCCUGGGCUCUCCACAGCUCCCAAAAGAGGAGCUGCUCACAGCCAAGGCCCUGGAGAAGCAGCUGGCACAGGGCACCACGGCAGCAGCCCCUGAUGCCAAGGGGAUCCCCAGAGUUCAUUUCCUUAAUCCUCCUUCAGGCAUGCCUUUGUGCCACUCUGAGAUCACAGGUGCCCAGCUGAGGGUGAGGCUGGGAGCCUGCUCAAAGUUCAGUGGCAAAAUGACCUUUGCAAUUCCAGCAGCACACCCAGCAAUGGGGCAGGCAGUGAAUAUUUUUCCCUUUCCACAUCUUCCUCUCUGCCCACGGUUUUUUUUUUGGUGGUUUUGGUGUUUUUUUUUGAAUAUCAGCUGUUUCAAAGCACAAUGCAGAAGAAUUUCCCCUCAGUUUAAAAGCUACCCCUGAGUGUAGAAAGCUAAAAUUUGGCAGAAAAGCUGAGAGAAGUUCCUUGGAACAGCUUCCUUUGAAAGAUGUGGGAGUUCAAAGUUCCACAUCAAGGUUGCACAGCACAUUUUGCACCUAUUUUGUUUCAAGAGCCCCAUAAAUCAUCUGCCCAGGGAGAUUUCUCAGCACAUUACCCGAGGUUUGUGGGUGUUUCUCACCCUUUGGGCAGAGAAGCCAGGUUUUCCCAAUUUCCCUGUGGCCAUACACCAGAAGCUGCAGCGAGAGGGUUUCCAGUGACAUUUUAAAUUUCAUGUCCACAGCAACACCAACAGGAGUGGGUACAAGCUCCUCAAUUCCCAUGAAUGGGAAAAUCCCAAAAAAAAGGAGCUCUAACCAACAGUCCUUGGAGGUCACAACAACUCAGCCACAAAGAAGAGAAGGUCUGGGGUCUUUCCUGCCUUGGGUUGGGGUUGGUUUUAUGCUGGGUUUUAGACUUGCCUGUAGGCCUUGAGUAAUCAAAAAUAGAACUGUAAAUUCAUCAUCUGCUUUGUUCUGUGCAAGUAAUUCUCUAUUCACAGCUCACCCUCAUCCUGCAGAGCAACUCACAUGCUCUGGUUUGUUACGCCAGCAUAGUCUAAUUCCAGAGAUCACAAAAAUAAUAUUCCAAGUCUAAUCCCAAAGAAAGGAUUACCAGGGAUCAAAUCCAUUAUUUCACAAUAAAUCCCUUUUAUGUCUUUUUUUUUUUCUCCCAUCAGCGAUCAAAGCAAGUGGAUUUCAGCUCUAAAAUGCUGCUGCUGUACAGCAGAAGAGAUCCUUGCUCAAGGCACAAGGCUUAACAUUUACUUGCUUCUUCUUCUUCUUCUUUUUUUUUUUUUUUUUUUUUUCCACAGUAUCAAAGGAGAUUUAUUUUUUCCCCCUUUGCCAAAAAUAAAGUCUGGUCUAGAUUCUCAGCUGCAGCUGAGAGCACUGGGAAAGAAAGUAGCUACAGCCCAUUUUUGCAGCUUCCUAAUCUUGUAGGACAGUUUCUAAUCUUCUCAAAUUGUCAGCAGCCCAUCAGAGCUGUUUCUUCCUUUGAGAGUCCAAGCUGAGGAGAGAAGCUCUGGCUGUAGUGAGGGGAGGUUUAGAGACCACCAAAGGGGUUUUUUUCCCCUCUAAACACAAAGGCAGGCUUAGCUGACCAGUUGCAGUGUUUUUGGCAUGGCUGCUGCCCCAGUUUGCUGUGUGAAGCUCUGGAGUGGCACAGGAGCCUUCAGCAUCCCACUGCCCAAGGGUGGGACACUGCAGCACCCUCAGCCUCCUGUUGUCCAUAAAACACAGCCAGAGCCACCAGCCCCAGCACUGCAGAGCUGCUGGGGGCAGAGGCAGCCACCUGCUCCCCCUGCCUCACAUCCCAUGGAAGACAAAAGCAAUCCAAGCCUGUGUCAGCCUCCACCACGUGCCACAUGUGAAUAGCACAAAGUGGGAAAAAUUCUUGGAACCCUGGCUGCUGAGGAUUUCAGACUUUCUGUGCUGACAGGCACUGACCCCCAGGAGAACUCUGCAUUUGACCUAAGGCUGUGGAGAAGGCUUCAAAAUUAAAUUAUAGAAUUCAAUUCUAUCUGAAUGAAUGUUAGAAUUCAAUUCUUGCCAUAAUCUGGGAUUGUGGGUGUGGAGUUUGAAUAGAAGUGUGUGAUAUCACAUGGUAGAAAACUUCAAGUUUAAGGUUUUAGAAUACAGUAACAUAUGUAAACAAGAUGGAGGUUUUGGGGCAGAGGCUGGUCCUUCUUCUUCACCUUCUUCUGCAUGGGUUUGGGUGGUUUUGUGUAAUUGGAUAAAAAAGUCCACAUUGUGGGCCACGAGUUGUUGGUUAUUGGGUUAAAAGUAAAAAUAUUUAGGUGUCAUUUCUUAAUUAAACUGUUUAUCCUUAAAAAGCCUUGUAGAGAGAGAGAUGUGGCUCCAUUUUUAGUUUGUUAGAGUGAAGUGCUCCAGAGCCCAGGGUUUGUGGGACUGUAAUACAGAUAAGAACUAAUAAACAUCUGAGUCCAAACAAGAAAUACCAUCUCACACAUUUAAUCCUGACCUUGGCAGAAAAAAGAAGCAAAGAACCUGCACCUCCUCAUGGCUGGGAAGUCAUGGCUCCUCCACUAACUGGGCCAUAUUUUCAGUCCUAAUCUCAGACUGUUGGAAUUAGCUCUGCUAAAGCCAACAGGAUGAUACAGGUCAGAUCAAUUACGAUGAAAAAUUCAAUUCUGGUUGUGCCAUAUGCAGCACUAUAAAAAGGACUGAGCUGUACAUAUGGCUGGAGAAACAAACAGCACAAAUGCCCCCACACUGUGAUGCCCUUUAGUCUUUCAGCACUUUCUACACAGGCCACGAUGAGAGGAGGGAAAGUGCCAUCACUUGUCCUUGUAAAAACUUAGCAGCCUCCAAAUGUCCCUCUCCACCACCCUCCAAAGGAUCAGGAAUCAUCUCCUCGUGGAGGCUGCUUGGAGCACUGAGAGCCUUUGAGGAGGUGGAGCUGGUCUGGCUCGUGGCAUGAAAAUUUCCACCAAAAAUUAUAGAAACAUUAAGGUUGGAAAAGAGCUUUAAGAUUAUCCAAGCAAACCAUCAACCCAGAACCAGCAGCAUUGCAAAAAACCAGAUUUCCCCAAAAUUUCUCCCAAAAAAAACCCCAAAAAACCUGCCUUGUUUCCCUAGGGAUGCAUCAACUCCAGGGCUGGGACUUGAGCACCUGAGGAUACAACCUAAGAAGAAGAAUGCUGUCUGUGCUGGAGAUUCAUCCCU